AUGGCUACCAUGACAGAAACAGCGACGGUCGCUGUGCCGCCAUCACAGACCAAAGAUCUCGCCACUCGCCUGUUCAACGGCACCCUCCAUGCCGGAUAUCCUCCGAUAGAACAAUUUAUGACAAUCGAUGGGCUUCUCAAAGACCAUGCAGCGCAACCGGAUCAGGCGCAAAGACCAUUGAUCAGCUAUCCGGUUCGGAAAGCAGACGACUAUGAGGAACAUACAGCAGGGGACCUGGACAAAUACACCGAUCUCGCGGCUCGCUAUUAUAUGGGAAAAGGGCUACCACCAGCGGAUCCAAGUCUGGAAAAGGCGCCGGUGGUUGCUUUGCUUGCUGGCUCCAGCUUCGAGGUUAUUUUAACCUUCUUUGCACUGAGUCGCCUGGGGUAUGCUGUUCUUUUUUUGUCAACUCGACUUACAGCCCCGGCUUAUGCUCGGCUACUGGGAAUAGUAGACUGCAACCAAAUGAUCAUUGCCAAACAAUAUAGUCAGACUGUUCUCGAUAUUCGCACCGAACGCCCAGGCUGUACCAGCUUCCCUGUCUUGCAGCGAGACGAUUGGUUUAACCGACCCUCGAUUUCCCCUCAAUUCCAGCGAUCAAAUGUAGAUCCCACACGGGAAAGCAAAAAAAUGGCCUGGAUCUUGCACUCAUCUGGAAGUACGGGUUUUCCGAAACCCAUUUUCCUGACCAACUACCAGUGUUUAGCCAAUUUCCGGAAAAGCUUCGGCCUGCGUCUGUUCAAUAUCAGUCCCUUGUUUCAUUCACACGCCUUGAUGGAGCUCGGACGAGCUUUCUAUACAAGGGCGCCUGCAUAUAUUGGAAACCACUCCCUUGCAAUCACUUAUCAGAACCUGGUUGACGCCUUGAAGGUGGCCAGGCCGCAGCAGAUCAGCGCCGUGCCCUAUGUCAUCAAACUUCUAGCAGAAAAGCAGGAAGGCGUUGAAGCACUGGCGAGUCCUCAGUUGGUACUGUACGGCGGAUCGAGUUGCCCGGAUGAUCUAGGCGAUCGGCUAGUUGCGCAAGGUGUCAACCUUGUUGCCAACUAUGGUGCAACAGAGACUGGUCAAAUUAUGACUUCCUUCCGACCCGACGGUGAUACUGAAUGGCAGUAUAUGCGUUUACAUCGCCCCGUCGCCGAUUACACUCUCAUGGAUGAAAUAUCGCCUGGCGUCUUUGAGUGUGUCGCUUUAGAUGGGUUGCCAAGCAAGGGACCCUCCAACUCAAAGCCCCCAUUCAGUGACAAGAAUCCAGAAAACAGCUUUCGAACUGCGGAUCUUUUCACACGUCAUCCAGAUCCAAACAAAAGCAACUAUUAUAAAUAUUUGUCUCGAUUGGAUGACCGCAUUACCCUCGUGAAUGGUGAAAAGGUCCUUCCGAUUCCUAUUGAGGGCCGUGUUCGAGAAGAGGAGUCCGUGGGGGAGUGUGUCGUGUUUGGAUUUCAGCGAACUGUACCAGGAGCUUUGAUCUUCCGUGCUCCCGGGAAGGCAACCCAUUUGGAUGAUCACGAGUUCCUGGAAACUAUCUGGCCAGCCGUGGAGGCCGCCAAUGCUCGUGCAGAGACGUUCUCGCAGAUUCCAAAAGAGUUAGUUAUCAUUAAAGGGGCAGAUGUGACAUAUGCAAGGACGGACAAAGGAACUUGCAUACGGGCUCAAGUCUAUCAGCAAUUUGAGGAGGACAUUCAGCGAGCCUAUUCGGGAUUCGAAUGUAGUGGACAGAAGAAGGGAACUCUUGCCCUCAAUGUCUCAGAAUUGGAAGCCUGGCUCUUAUCCAAAUUCAAGGAUGACUUGGGUGUACCUCUUGAAGGUCCCAAUACUGAUAUUUUUUCUGCUGGAGUUGACAGCUUGCAAACCACACGGAUAUGGAGAUUCAUUGUCCGCGACCUCGAUCUUGGAGAUCAGGGUGACAGCUUGUCUCAGAACAUUGUUUUCGAGAAGGGAACCGUGGGCGCUCUUGCGAAGCAUUUGCUCAAAUUGCGGACAGGCCAAGAAUUCGACCAGGAAGAUGAGGUGCAAAUCAUGCGUGGAAUGAUUGACCGAUAUUCGUCUUUCACACACCACACCCCAAUCAUCCAGCACCAGCCAAGCACAGAAGUUGUCAUUGUGACGGGCGGAACUGGAAAUCUGGGCGUGUUCGUAAUUGCCGAAUUGCUCAAGAGGCCCACUGUAUCUGAGGUAUGGGCAUUUGUACGUGCACCAGGCCAAGCAGCGGCAGGUGCUCGUCUAUGGAAAGCGUUGGAUGAUCGCAAAAUAUCACUCACAGAUUCAGAGGCUGCAAAACUUCAUGCCGUCCCCAGUGACCUUUCUCAAGCGAAUCUUGGUCUAAACAGUUUCGUGAUUGAACACCUGCUCUCGUCUACAACGAGUAUCAUCCACAGCGCGUGGGCCGUCAACUUCAACCUUGGCGUUCGAUCGUUUGAGCAACAACACAUCCGCGGCACAUACAAUCUCAUUAACUUCUGUCUACGCUCGAAGCUUCCAAUUCCUGCUCGUUUUUAUUUUUGCUCUAGUGUCAGUGCCGCGAGCAAUACUCCCAAACCGGCAUCCAUUCGCGAGACCAUGAUCGAGGAUCUAUCGCAUGCACAGAGUAUAGGCUACGGACGAUCGAAGCUCGUCACCGAGCAUAUUACGCGUAACGCCAUGCACCAUACCAGCAUGCACGCUAGAGUCUUGAGAAUUGGUCAAUUGGGCGGUGAUACCAAGAACGCUCAAUGGAAUGACACCGAGGCCGUGGCUCUCAUGUUCCGCAGCGCUUUGACAACCGGUGCAUUACCUGCGUUAAAUGAGAGCCCAACCUGGCUUCCCGUUGACCAAUGCGCUCAAGCAGUCACGGAAAUCGCCCUUGAUGCUUCUGGUUUACAGUCCGAAGUUGACUUGGUAUAUCACUUGGUUAAUCCGAAUGCAUUCAGCUGGACGAAUGAUUUACUUCCUGCUCUGAAGCAAGGCGCUGAUUUGCCACAGUUUGAGGUCGUGUCGCCUCAAGAGUGGCUCCGAAGGCUAGCAAACAGUGAUCAAGAUCCAGGAACUAAUCCUAGCAUUAAGCUUAUAGAUUUCUGGAAGUCCAAGUAUGGUGGUGAUGGCUCCCAAGUACCGGCUGGCGGCCUUUCUUUUGAAACAAAAUGCACCACCCGAGACUGUCCGUCUUUGGCUCUUGUGAAGGAUCCAGUAACCGAUGGUCUGAUGAAGAGAUAUCUUGCCUCUUGGAUGAAGCAGUGGACAAGUCAAUAG